GAAGUAUCACACAAUGACAUGCGAGAUUGUUUCAAAUUAUUUGUUUUUUCAAAUCUCCUAAAUUAAUUUUCAGCCUUCUCAAGUGGCAGAAAAGCAUGAAGAAACGUUGACCACUUGCAGGCUAUCCUUUAUAAUCAAUGAAAUAUCGUCAACUUUUGUAUAAAAUAUCAAAUAUAAUGAAUAAAUUGCGUGGAGAUUACAGGCAUUUCGAAGAAUGACCGCUUUGUGACGUCUACAGUUUUAAAUAUUAUAUUGACUUUGAUUUUGUAACUUCGACGAACGAAUACACACCACAUCAAAACUACUGGGGAAGGUUUGUCGCUAAUAAAAAGAAAAUCAGACAAAACGAUGCAAGAUGGCACAAAAAGCAUCCCUAAAAUAUUUGCCAAUAUUUUUAUUGCAUUUAUUGGCGCUGGAGUUCUUGGCGUUCCCUACGCUUUUAAGGAGGCUGGGGUUAUAGAAGGAGCUAUUAUACUGGGAUUUAUAGGUCUUGUGAGUACCCGGGCCAUGUUACUUCUGAUUGACUGUAAAUACAAGAUUCUUGGUAAGCAACCAUAUAAUUAUCAGAAGUUAGCAUCUGAGCCUGAUGAAAAGCCUGCAAAACAAUCCAAUGGCAAUGUUGUUGAUGUUGAGGUGAAGGAACUGAAGCCAAAGAUCAAUGCUCAUCACGACUUAGAAUUUGGCGAUCUAGGAUAUCAUGCGUUGGGUAAAUCUGGAAUCGUAUUGGUGGACGGUCUUGUGGUUCUGUCUCAAGUCGGAUUUUGUUGUGCAUAUUUAAUAUUUAUUUCAGAAAAUCUUACCAAUUUCCUACCAAGAUUUUCAAGAAAUCAGUAUUUAUUUGCAAUGGUUUUUCCGCUAAUCAUUCUUACAAACGUGAGACAGUUAAAAAAUCUCAGCAUAUUCAGUUUAUUCGCAGAUUUUGCCAACAUAUUUGCUUACUGUGUCGUAUUUUGGUUUGAUUUUGAGAAUUUUGAAAAAAUUGGAGAUGACAUUCAUAAUUAUUCCGCUGAAGGUUUACCAUUUUUUAUCGGGAUUGCUGUUUAUUGUUACGAGGGAGCUGGAAUGAUCCUUUCCUUGGAGUCAUCUGUCGCCAAAGAAUGUCAGAGUAAAUUUUACGGAAUAUUCAAAUUAGCAAUGCUGGUCAUUACAUUACUCUAUAUGACGUUUGGUAUAUGUGGAUAUCUAUCAUUCGGUGAAAAUACGAAAAGUAUCAUAACUUUGAAUCUUCCAAAUGGCAAAUUUCCAGUGAUUGUAAAGAGUUGCCUAAUGUUCUCAUUAUUUUUUACGUAUCCUGUCAUGAUGUUUCCUGUGUCAAGAAUCUUAGAAAUGAGGUUAUUCAAUGACCCCAAAACAGCAGAUUAUUAUAAGUCUAGUGUUGUUCGUUCAAGUCUAGUGUUGCUAACACUGGUGAUUGUAUUAACCAUACCAAGUUUUUCAACAUUAAUGGCUUUGAUUGGAUCCUCGUGUUGCAUACUUCUAGCUUUUAUUUUACCAGGAUUAUUUCAUUUGAGAAUAUUUAAAGGAGAACUAACAAUCUAUCAAAAAAUUUUGGAUUAUUUUCUAAUAUUAUUGGGAAUUGUGACAGGAUGUCUGGGCACACGAGAUGCUGUGGAAAGACUUUUUUCUAAGGAUAACACUGCAGAAAUAUAGAUCAUUUUAUUACGAUUGCUGUAUAUAAUUUUUAUAUUUAUCAUUAUAGACUAUAAAAUUAUAAUUUAUACGAAAUGUAUGGCUGUAGUAAUUCUAUUACCAC